AUGGCCAAGGACAAAAAGUCCAAGACGGACUCCAAGAAGCAGAAACUUGCCGAGAAGAAACAGAAGCAGGAAAAGAAGGCUCAGAAGAAGGAGAAAGUCAAGUCUUCAAAGCUGGAGGGCAGUGAUGCUGAAGAUGACGACCUCGAUGCUGUCCUUGCCGAGUUCAAGAAGCAACAGGAACUGUUUCUCAAAGUCACCGAGACCGUCCUGGAAGCUCCCCCAAAACCGCGCUCAUCAUCCACUUUCCUAGCUUCACCAUCUCAUAGCAAUCAACUCCUGUUGUUUGGCGGCGAGACUUGGAAUGGUGCCAUUGCCAAUUUCUUCAAUGACCUCAACAUCUACUAUACUGAUAGAGACGAAUGGCGUUGUGUCACAUCCCCCAAUGCUCCCUUGCCACGGUCAGGUCAUGCCUGGUGCAAAGGUGGUAACAAAGAUUUAGUCUACCUCUUUGGUGGCGAAUUCAGCAGUCCGAAGCAGGGCACAUUCUACCACUACAACGACUUCUGGUGUCUUGACCCAAGCAGUCGGGAGUGGACGCGUAUAGACGUUAAGGGGAAGACACCACCCGCCCGGAGCGGGCAUCGUAUGGUUUAUUACAAGAAUUACAUCGUUCUUUUCGGCGGCUUCCAGGACACCUCAAACCAAACGAAAUACAUGAAUGACCUGUGGAUAUGGGACACUCAAAACUUCUUCUGGUACAGCCCGGCACUUCCACCGGCGCAGUUGAAGCCGGAUGCGAGGUCGUCGUUUACCUUUCUCCCUCACGAACAAGGUGCUGUGCUCUUCGGUGGCUAUUCGAGGGUAAAGACAACUGUUACAGCAAACAAGUCGGCGAAAGGAGCAUCCCAGGGACUGAGAAGCAUCAUGAAGCCCAUGAUCCACCAGGACUGCUUCUUCUUGCGGAUCACCCAACCUCCAGCAGAUGCACCGCCGAACACGCCGCCGAAUGUGAGGUGGGAGAAGCGAAAGAAGCCUGCGAACACGCCCGAUCCGGCCCGGGCAGGAGCUACAAUGACAUAUCACAGAGGACGCGGAAUCCAGUUCGGUGGAGUUCACGAUGUUGAGCAAAGUGAAGAGGGUAUUGACAGCGAGUUCUUUAAUCAGAUGUUUACAUGGAAUAUUGAGAGGAACCGAUUCUUUCCCAUGACACUUCGGAAGCCAAGGACUCAGAAGAAAGCACCAGCAGCCGAGCAAAGGGUUGGACGACGCGGCAGAGCUCAGGCGAACGAAGAGGAGUUGUUAAAGCAGCUUGCAGCACUAAACGCCGGGACAUCCCUGGAUGAUGCCGAUGCCAUGGACGUCGACCUGAAGAAGGACAGCGAAGCUAAGGAACCCGAGAAUCCUACACGAGAAAUGCCAGUGUCGAUGGAGUUUCCUCAUCCCCGAUUCAACGCUCAGAUGACUGUGCAAGGCGACAUGCUCUACGUCUAUGGCGGGACCUUCGAAGCGAAAGAUCGAGAAUAUACGUUUGACGACCUAUACGCUAUCGACCUGGGCAAAAUGGACGGUUGCAAGGAGGUAUUCAGGAGAGAAGACGAAACAUGGGUGGGCUCUGACGAUGAGGAGGAUGAGGACGAAGAUGAUGACGAGGAUGACGAAGAAGACGAUGCAGAAGACGAGGAGGGAGAUGUCCAGAUGCCAGACGACCCAGAAGGCCUGCUGUCGCCAAGCAAGCGCAAGAAGAAGCAGGCUGAUGAAGCAUCAACUGCUGGUUCGGAGUCGACUGCGGCCUCGACGACAUCCGGCGAGGACGAGAGUGAAGCUGACACAGUAGCAAGUUCUGUUGACGACGGACUUCCUCAUCCUCGGCCUUUUGAGAGCCGACGCGAGUUCUUUGUUCGAACGUCCAAUGAAUGGCAGGAGAUUCUGAUGACGAGUCUGAGAUGGAAGAACAUAAAGCCGGAAAGCCUGAGUAUCAAAGAGAUCAAGUCCAAAGCAUUCGAGCUCAGUGAAGAGAAGUGGUGGGAUUGUCGGGAGGAGAUCACCGCGCUGGAAGACGAACAGGAAGCUGCCGGUAUCAGUGAAGUCAUCUCCCUGGCUGAGAAGGGCGAUUCAGGGGCUGGAGGUGCUGGUCGAAGGAGAUAG